AUGGUGCAAUGUGAAGAAGCCUAUGCAGUUUCUACAAUACACGUAUUUAGGAAGAGUACCUUCGUGACCUUGGAAGUCGUCAGUCACAUCGAGAUAGUCACAGGAGAAGUCUCAGGCAGAUCAGCUGAGCUCCUGUAUGGAAAAACGGAUUCUAAAGAUGCUGGAACAUUACUGGACUCGCAAAGGGAACACCAUACCAUUGCUCUCCAUUUUGCAUCCAGGCACACAACACCAACUGAUAGUGAAUCGCCCUGUACACAUCCAACAGCCACGCGACUCACUUCCGAGGGCAUCGGAUGCCGGUCAUUGACUACCUCGUUAGUUAUAGUACAGGAAGUAUCUUCACAUCCGCUUAAAAAAUAUUUUGACUGUUUUUUUGCAUUACCUCAUUGA